UAUGUCACUGUCAUGUCAAAAGUCGCCACAGCCACCACGAUCUGAUUUUUUUCAAUAUUUGAUUAGCCCGAUGUCUGUUGAGAAUUGGCUGGUUUCACCCUUUGCAAUAUUUUUAUUGAGUGUAUUAUAUAACUACUAUGAAGGAGCGAAAAAUGUCGGGACCCGCUGUGACACCGUCUUCUGAAUAUGCGAAUGCCUUUAGUUCUAUUAAUGAACGACCGGUAGAUGAUAUAUCCAUAGAAUUUUUCUACAAACCCCAUACUAUAACCCUAUUGGCAGUGUCUAUUGCUUCGGUUAUUUAUACUGCGUUUGUCAGGGAUGAAUCAAGUAUUCAAGAAAACAUAUGGUCAGGAAUAUGUUGUGUUGUAUUUUUUUUCCUAAUAAUAUCAGUGCUUACAUUUCCAAAUGGGCCAUUUACAAGACCUCAUCCUGCUUUGUGGAGGAUGGUGUUUGGCAUGUCCGUACUUUACCUGCUGGCUCUAUUGUUCUUAUUAUUCCAAAGUUAUUCUACGGUGAAUGAGAUAAUGUACUGGAUUGAUCCUAACCUUCGUAAUUUUCACAUAGACAUGGACAAGGAGUAUGCUGUCAAUUGUUCGGAUAUUAGUUUUGCUAAAGUUUGGUCCCAUUGUGAUAUAUUUGCCUGGGGACAUUUCCUAGGAUGGACGUUUAAAGCUAUACUAUUCCGGCAUGCUGGCCUGUUAUGGGCAAUAUCUAUCAUGUGGGAAAUAACAGAAAUAGCUUUUGCACAUUUGCUGCCAAAUUUUCUUGAAUGUUGGUGGGAUUCAGUGAUAUUGGAUGUAUUGCUCUGUAACGGUUUGGGCAUUUGGUGCGGCCUGAAGAUUUGUAAAAUUUUAGAAAUGAGAGAAUACAAAUGGGUCAGCAUAAGGGACAUCUCAUCUACUACUGGCAAGAUCAAAAGAGCAAUUCUUCAAUUCACCCCUGUCCAAUGGGCCCCAGUGCGAUGGCUGGACCCUACCUGCACCUACAUGAGGUUUUUCGCAUUGGCCCAACUUGUUGUGUUUUGGCAAAUAUCCGAAUUGAAUACAUUCUUCUUGAAACAUAUAUUCGAAAUGCCGCCGUCACACCCACUGGUCAGCGCCCGGUUGUGUCUCAUCGGAGUCAUUGUGGCUCCGUCUGUCAGGCAAUAUUACAUUUACGUAACAGACCCCAAUUGCAAAAGAGUUGGAACGCAGUGCUGGGUGUACGGCGCCAUAAUGGUAACAGAAUCCAUGCUGUGUAUCAAAAAUGGAAAACAGCUGUUUGGUCAGGCGCAGAUGUGUAACGUCAUUGUGUGGCUGAUCAUUCAAAUACUAGUCUCAGUGGGAUGUGUUUAUGGAGUCGUCGCCUACCAUCAAUAUUUUGCGCCCCGGAGAGGAUCAGCCACCGAGAGCUCCCGGAAAGACGAUUAAUGAUGGAUUGCUACACUACCGGAAGUGUUUACUAUAUGAAAAGAACAUUAUAUCGAAUGAAUUAGAUAUUGAUUAUGAUUAACUAGCAAAUAAUAGAUAUAUUAUUUAUUCUAAGUAAACAUGCGUCCGGAGAACGGAACAAUUUAGCUGUGACUACCCAAGUCUGAUGUUUUCUGAGUUUUAGAAUUGUCUUUAUGUUUAUAGGACAACUUACGUUUUUGUCUUUGCUACCUGAUUGCGUUAACCUUUUUGACGCCAAUGACGGAUAUAUCCGCACCGUAGGUCUAACGCCGAAAACGGAUUAAUCCGUCACAGACCACAGAGCAAUACCUACGUGCAUAUGCAUAAAGUUUAACUUCAGUUUUGCCACUUCGGUGACGGGGCGUCCGAGUGACAGACGAAGUUCGCAAAUUUCCGGCAUCUUUCUCUUUUACUCCAAUUAAGGCGUAAUUAGGGUGACAAAGAAAGAUGCCCGCAAUUUGCGAACUCCUCAGCUUUUGUUUGACACGGCGUCAAAAAGGUUAAAUGUCGGCGUAACAUUAAAAAUAUGGCAGAUAUUUUGUACCUGAUAUACUUAGUGUUUUUGAGGUGUGGACAUAUUAUGCAGGCUCAAUACAGACUGAACGACUUGUAUUCAUGGGUUAUGGCAUCAACCCCAGUUGCGACCACUUAAAAUGGCUAUUUAACUAAUGGAAGUUUUCGAUUUCCGAUUGUGAUUAGCAAGAAGUGUGUGGCCAUGCUUCAAUAUAAGGCUUUGUGUAAGGUAGUUGACGGUAAUAAUAAGUAUCAGCAACCGGGUUUUGAAUUAUUUAUUAAACGCGGUAGAAGAGAAAACGAUACCAUAAAAUAUAAAUAGGUACUAUGUAUAUUCCUUUACUCUUGUGUUUCCGAAAGUCGAGCCUUAUUUUAUUUCAGUGAGCCUACCUUCGCUACGAAAUUAUUUAUCUGCCUCUCUAUCGCUCGAGUACUUAUGCAAGAAGGACUGAGAGGCAGAUACCGAUUUUUCGAUGUUAGCGGCCUGUCAAGACGCAAUUGUACGAUUCCAAAUCGGCGACAAUAGUCAAAAUGCAGAUAAUUAUUGCUCGAGAAAGUGUCAAUAUUACCGGCUGCUGGAUUACAACUGUAUGUAUAAUUGUAAUAUGUGUCGAGCUCUAGUCAAAGGUCCCACUUUGUCGCUUGUAUCAUAAGGACGAGAAUUGCUUGUAUCUUUAUACGAAUAGCCUGUCAAAGCGUCCUUAUGGCAAGUGAGACUUUUUACUUGGAAAUGACACACAUCGUCCAAAACCAGCCGAGGUUUAGAACUGUACCCAAAUAGUAGGCAUUUUUUCACCAAUUUCUUACUUUUGGAAACAGAAAAAGAAAAUACAAUCUAAAUAUGUUUAUAAUCCUUAACCAUACAUACCUAAGUGUAUAUAAUAAAUGUUGGCUUAAAAGCUGUGUGUAUAAACUAAUAGAUAACUAUGUAGAUUAGUUGAAAACAAUACCAAAAACACUGCUAGUUGCUCAUUAUGAUUACAUUGUGUGUUGUGAUUAGUAAGAGUGUAUAUUGUCUGUGUUAUUAUAUUUAUAAUAUGUAAAGCCAUAGCCGGGUCAAAGGGAAUUUGAAAUAGAGGAAUAUUGUCUAAGUAAUUAUUGCUCGAAAAGAUGGCACCAUACCUUUUGGCCUAUCGUCGAGUAGAUGGCGAUACUUUUUGACAUUUAACAAAGGACCAUGGGCAACUUUGUAAGGAGUCUGGACCAAUAACCAACAGAAAUGAGAGUUAGGUAAUUAAAUACGUAUUUUUAUUAUUUCAUUUCGUUAUAUGGUCACCAAGCGGAAUUCCAUUGCAGAACUGAGAUAUUGGUAUUUUAGUCAAAAUGUCGUCAUCCUUAUUACCUAGGCAAUAUAGUCCUAGUAAGUAAAAAACUGGUGCAGGGUAGAUGUCCGCGCACCGCCGGGCGAGCACACCGAAUGGGAUGCCGCGCUCACCCAGCGAUGGACUCUAUUGCCUAGGUAGUAAGGGCGACGACAUUUUGAUUAAAUACCAGUAUCUCAGUUCUGCUUGGUGCCCAUAGAAUGAAAUGAAGUAAAUAGAAAUACCUAUCUAAUGAUCUAAUUCUCAACUCUGUUGGUAUUGGGACCGUUUUGACGCAUAGUCCUUUAUCACAUAUCAGUGAAAAAAUAAGGAUCAAAGUCAAAUGGCGUUCUAAAAGUUUUAAUCAUUUGUGUCGAAAGAUGGCAGUAAAUGUACUGACUACAUAAUUUACUUUGACAAUAUUCCUCUAUUUCAAAUUCUCUUUGGCCUGGUGUACAUCUGGCUUUAAACGAGUAAUAAUAAAGACUGCUAAUUUUAGAUGUCGCUUAUCGCUGCCGUCAGCCUGUAAUAAAAUUGGAUACCGCUUUAUUAGGCAGGCGUCCGGUUUUUUAUCCCAUAGCCCAGUAUUUAGACCAACGCUUUUACCCAAUACAUAUUAUUUUCCAUCAACUCUCAAUAUAGUCCUUAUAGUUAGGGAGGCGAAUAGGGGAAUUUUCGGCAAUACUCGAGCGUGGCAGUUUAAGAUAUGAGAGAUACCUUAGACCUAAUAGAACAACCUUGUAAAGUAUUUAGCUCUAUAUGUAGUGACGCGCGCCUAGGAUAGACGAUCAGAUUAGUAAAAAAAAAUGGAUAGUCUGAAAUACUCGAGCGCCUCAGAUUAAGAUAUUGGGGGUUGAUUUUAGUGUUUAAAGACUAAAUUUAACUAAUCUGACGAUAAGUCCUUGACGCCGCCGAGUUAUAGGGUCGCGAACUUGUAAAAAAAAAACGUUAAUCCGGCAUUCUCGAGCGCGAUAUUUUUUUUUUUUGAAGAAUGUAAUUAAAACUUACUAAAAAUACAAAAUCUGCCGGUUUCCGCAUGACCGGAAGUGUGGAGGAGCCAUUUCGUCUUCCUAAGAACGCGUUGCGGCAUAUAAGUCGCGAACGAUACAUUUUACAAAAAAAAAGUUUAAAUAAACAAAAAAGGUAAUUUUAUUUUACACAAAAAAGGUCUCUUUACAUUUUUGUCCAAAGUUAAAACUUUUUGACUUGAAGCAUCAUAAAAACUCAAACUCCCGGUUUUUUUAGUAUAUCUCGAAAACUGAGGGUGUUAAAAAAAAUUGAUAUGAAAUAACGAUGAUUAAAUUAUGUGACUUUUAUUAUAUCUCAAUUUUUUUU